CGAACGAAAGAGAGAAAGAAAGAGAGCAGACAGAAAAUCCAGAACGUUAGACAGACAGUAAGAUGUAGGAGUUCUACUAGCUCAGUCUGCGAUUUCGUUUGAUCUGAGAAACUACUGCCAAACAUUCAUACGCAGAGGAAGGGAGAAAGAGAGCAUGCUGAAGAACCUGAAUACAAGAAGACGAAGAAGAAACAAAGCAGACAAGACAACGCCGGAGCAAGAAACGAUGUCGCUUUCAACCCAGAAGCCACAACCUAGCCCUAAUCACGACUCACCAUUGAAGAAGAGACGACCAAGCUGGUCAGACCUCUGGCGCGAGAACUCCAAAGCCAUCAACCGUGUGCUCUUCAACAUGCAACUCCAAUCCCUCUCCACACCCAACUCUGCAGAUUGUAAGUCUAAUAAUAACCUCAAAUCGAAAACCCUCAUCCCCAAUUUGGCCAACAUUGACCGUACACUUCUUUUGUCUGACGAACUUCUUUUCAAGAUCCUCUCGAAGCUUCCAGAUUCGCAACGAAACCCUAAUUCACUGGUAUGUAAGCGCUGGCUUAAUCUCCAGGGCCGCCUUGUACGAUCUUUGAAGGUGUUCGAUUGGAACUUUGUUGAAUCUGGUAGGUUGAGUAUAAGAUUUCCUAACCUCAACCAUGUAGAUUUGAUUAAUGCAUGUUUGGCUGCGCCAAGUAAUUCUGGGAUCUUGUUGACCCACGGAGAUGUUUCAUUCCGUAUUGGGUCUAGGUUGUUGCCAAACGGGCAAGGUUUGGAGGAGCAUUUGUUGAGCGUUGAGAUGGUUGAUAGAGCGCUGCAAGCCCUGGCUAGUGGGUGUCUGAAUCUGCGGAAAUUGGUCGUUAUAGGUGCUAGUGAGUUGGGCUUGUUGAGUGUCGCAGAGGAUUGUUCAACAUUGCAAGAACUGCAUCUGCAUAGAUGCAACGACAAUGUCUUGCGAGGGAUUGCAGCUUUUGAAAAUUUGCAGAUCCUGAAAUUGGUGGGCAAUGUGGAUGGAUUGUACAGUUCCUUUGUAUCAGACAUUGGAUUAACCAUUUUGGCACAAGGCUGCAAGAGGUUGGUGAGGCUUGAACUUAGUGGGUGUGAAGGUAGCUUUGAUGGUAUUAAAGCAAUAGGCCAGUGUUGUCAAAUGCUUGAGGAAUUGACUCUCUAUGAUCAUAGGAUGGAUAAUGGGUGGCUUGCCGCAAUUCCAUAUUGUGAAAAUUUGAAAACAUUGAAGAUUUUUUCCUGUAAUAAAAUUGAUCCUGGUCUGGGGCCAGAUGAGUAUUUGGGAUCAUGUCCAGCUCUUGAGCGUUUGCAUUUGAAGAAGUGUCAGUUGAGAGAUAAAAAUAGUCUGAGAGCGAUUUUUAGAGUAUGUGAAAUGGUGAGGGAAGUGGUCAUUGAAGACUGUUGGGGACUGGUCAAUGACAGUUUCAGCAUGGCAAGUGUAUGCAGGAGGUUGAAGUUUCUAUCUCUUGAAGGAUGCUCAUUGCUGACAACAGAAGGCCUGGAAACUGUCAUUCUCUCUUUGAAAGACCUUAAAAAUCUUAAAGUAAUAUCAUGUAAGAACAUAAAGGAUGCCGAAGUCUCUCCUGCACUUUCGACCUUGUUCUCUACUCUCAAGGAGUUCAAAUGGAGACCAGAUACCAAGUCUGUUCUUGCAUCAAGUCUUGCAGGGACCAAGACGGGGAGGAGAGGUAGACAAUUUUUCAGGAAGUUAUAAUGAAUGAAAUCUUCUACCUUACACAUUCACACAAAGGUGACCUCCUAGAGGGGUUGGUUUGUGUAAAUGUUGUGCCAUUAUAAUCAGUCAUUUUAUUGUUCAUUUAGCUAUAUGCAUGUUGGGUCUCUGUGCCCAGUACAUUCUUCGGCAGUGCUUGUAUCUGCAGUGCUGGGAUAACAUAUGCUUUUGUGAGGAAACCCAGUCAGCAACAAAGCAUAUCUGAUACACAUAACUGCUACUUCAGUCCCUUGGCAAUUGUUGUAUCUUUCUUAUUCUCAGUUGUUUAUAUGUACAUUAUUAUGUAAGCAUUGAAACACAUUAACAUAUUGUUCGCUAUGGGCUAGAGGACUACAUGGAUUUGUUAUUCACAUGUUGUCGCCAUUAGUUUUUAUACCCAAAGAACACGUCUUUGCGGCAUUGAAACACAUUAA